AACUCAUUUGGAAACUAAUCCAAAACUCUCUGUGUCUCUCAUGGAAACACUAAAAAUCAAGCAGGAGAACAUUGUAGUGAUUGAUGAUGACAUACCUGGUGGUGGUGGUGGAGGUUUAUUUGAGGAGGAGGAGGAGGAGGAGGAGGAGGAGACAGUGAAAGUUGUGGAACUCAAUGAAGAAGCAGUGGUAUUGGUUGAUGAUGAUUGGGUAAGUGGUGAAGGAGUAGUACUAGUAGGAGGAGGAGGAGGUGGUGGUGGUGAUUCCAUGCCAUGUUCACCACCAAUCUCAUCAGCCCCAAAACCCAUGGUGGGAUUGCAUGAAACAGGACCAUCUCCAUUUCUGAAGAAGACCUUUCACAUGGUGGAAGACCCUGAUACUGACAUCAUCAUUUCAUGGACUGCCUCUCAAAAAAGCUUUGUAGUCUGGGAUCAUCGCCAGUUCUCUACCAAUCUCUUGCCCAAAUACUUCAAGCACAACAAUUUCUCAAGCUUUAUUCGCCAACUUUACACUUAUGUUCUUGAUCUAAAGGUCGAUGAUUUGCAAAUGCUUCCACGACUUGAACAAAUGGAGAUGGAUAGGUGUGGCUAA